CAACAUCAAUCUGUUGAUUUCGGAUCCCCACAAGUUUGAAACUUUUUUCGAGGAGGUGGAGGAGGAAUCGGGUUACACCAAACUCUUGUAACCGAUCUGGCUGCAGCAGAAAGAAGAAAACACGUUUUCAAUAAUUCACGCAACUGCCCUUGAUACACUAUUACACAAAACAAGCUUCGAGACGAGGGCGUUUUGGCGGAAACGGAGUUGGACACAGUGGUACUAUGGUGUGAGGCGAGUCCUCUGCGGUGCCAGGAUGAAGACUUGAAAUUAUACCCAGAUUACGCUGUCCUCUCGUUGGUUGACCACUACAGUGUCCCGUCUCCAGAACUCAGAAAAGGUGUGCCCUUGACCAUGGACUCUUUCAGCACCAAGAGUCUGGCACUGCAGGCUCAGAAGAAGCUCAUGAGCAAGAUGGCCACCAAGAGCGUAGCCAGUCUGUUUAUUGAUGACACCAGCAGCGAGGUCCUGGACGAGCUCUACCGGGUCACCAAAGAGUACACACACAACCGUAAAGAGUCACAGAAAGUCAUUAAAAACCUGAUCAAGAUGGUGGUGAAGCUGGGCGUGCUCUACAGAAACAACCAGUUCAACAAUGAAGAGCUGAUCCUGGUGGAGAACUUCAGGAAAAAGGUGCACACUCUGGCCAUGACUGCGGUCAGCUUCCACCAGAUCGAGUUCACCUUUGACCGUCGCGUGAUGAGCGCCAUUUUGAAUGACUGCCGCGACCUGCUGCACCAGGCCAUCAAGAGGCACCUGACAGCCAAGAGCCAUGCGCGCAUUAACCACGUCUUCAAUCACUUCUCUGACUGUGACUUCCUGGCGGCGCUCUACGGACCCUCCGAGGUUUACCGUGUGCACCUGCAAAGAAUCUGCAAUGGCGUCAACAAGAUGCUUGACGAGGGUAACCUUUGACCUCCGCUGACCCUGUCCCCAGGCACUUUUUACCUCCUUGUUCACAAUCAUGGAUUUUUUUUCUUUAUGUGUGUCUUUAUACAUUAUUUUAACACUGAUAUUUUCUUUGCUAGUAAACCAAAAGUUUUAUCUCUUCUAAUCUAAUUUUGAAACCAAAUGCAGUUGAUGUUUUUUAAUGAAUGUAUAACUCCAUGCUCUUAUCAGUAUAUCCAGAGGUAGGAGCCUUGACAACUGUGCCUUUAAAAACACUUUUUAUCUUUUAUUUGAAGGGCACUAGGCUUGCUCUCUUACUUAAUCAAAACGACAUGAAGCCAGACACAGACCCUCAGUACCUUCUCUGCAAGGUGCCUGUAAUGGACCAAAAUGAGUUAGGAGGCACUGGGAGUGGGGGAAAUUGCGAUCUUUCUCAUACAACCAAGAAAGAAUGAAGUUUUUAAAGUAAAUUUUAAAAAGUAUUGCACUCAACUCUUUCACCAGCGCUGUAUUGUUAUUAUUCUGUGACCACAGCAGAGACAUAAUUCUGCUUAGUUUGUUCUUACACAUUUCACUUAUAUGCACUGAUCAUUACCAAAGAUUUGUACAGUAUAAAGAAAACACCAUACUUGACUUUUAUAGCCUCCACAACAAAUAUGAAGUAUUUGGGUCAUAUAAGGAUUGUAAACAUGAAGAAACCUAACUGCGUUGUCAUGAUAACUCUUAGAUCUAGCUGUGUGAUCUUGUGCUUUUUACACAGAAAAUCUUAAACUUAACAUCUGUAAAUGCCAUAAACCCAGCAGGAGAGGAGCUAACAUGACAACACAAGAAGCAAUACUUAAAAUAGAUUUCUGUGUUGGUCUAUACAGAUAUUAUCAGCUAUGUUUGAGCUCUAGGGGCACUUUCACUGACAACAACCAGCACACAGCUUGGAUUCCAACAGAGGUGGACUCAAAAGGCUCCCCACUAGCAGCCAUAAAUGAAAGGUUGAACACUGCCCUGAACAUGUCAGACCAGCCAAUGCUAGAGAUUAGAGGCUGUAUAGCUGUUAGUAAUAUAUCUGUACUGCAAUUAAAGCUAUUGCCUGCUAACUGGAGUAAUUUCAAGUGAUUGCCACCUCAGAAAUAUCCAACUCGCAGGGCCAAUAUUACACUAUUUUCUGAUUUGUUAUAAUGUUGUUUCCUCAUCAGAACUUACCUGGAGUUGUGUUUUGUUUCAUUCACACAUGUUUGAGUUCUUCACUCAAACUGUUCCACCUUGUGAUGUUCCACCAGGGAGUGCUCCACUGUGCUUUUAAAGUCCAUACACUCACGAGAAUCACAUGGAUAAUUUCAACCCUGGAAUAGCCAAUCUCUACUGAACUAAAGGUUAAAGGUAGCUGUUACUUUGAAAACUACAGCUUCAUGUCAUCACAAGGUGGUACUGAGUAUUUUCACCUUUGGAGAUGUGUGAAUGAAACAAAACACAACUCGCAAUGUACCAACUUGGCUUAACGCUCAAGACACAGUUUUUGCGUAAUGUAGGACCUUUAAUAAUGCGACUUCUUUAAUACUCUGUUGACGCAGGAACAUGCAUUAUGAUUACGCCAACUGAAUAUUAAACAAUGCUGUAACACAGAUAAAACAUGAUUAAAACUCACAAUCAAAUAGAAACUUUUUGAAUGUACGCAAUUAGCAAGUAGCACUGGCUUUUUUUUUUUACGUACCCUUAUUUCCUCCAUAAACUCUCCUGUCUUACUCUGCAUAGUAAACUACUAAUUUAGACAAACAUGUUCUGAAAUACAUGUGAUUCUUUUAUAUAUUAGUUUCUAUGUUAGUCCGUAGGCCUAUUCAUCUUUUUGUCAACACACCUGGAUGCGUUUAAAAUGUGAACUUGAAUGAAAACUAAGAAUUCUCUUCUUAAAACAAAAAUUACAGAUCUAAUCAUUAGAAAAAUCACAAUUAAAUAUUUUCCUUAGCAGCCCUAAUUAAAACUCCAAAUUGUGCUAAAUUAGAAAGCCCAUGGAGCAGUUGGGCUAAUCUGCCUUUGUUUUUACCACACAACAGCCUGAUCUAAUGUGAUAAAUUUUACUGUCCCCUCCAUGUGUGAAGAUAUUGUCAAAAUACAGGCAGAUCUGAAUAGUUCCUACGAGCUCUUGCCCCACAUAAUAGCUGUCUUUCCUUUUUGUUGGCUUGUUUUUGCAUCACUGAGCCUGUCUGGGAGAUUGUUUGGCUCUACGGUCUCAUUUUGUAUUCUGCAUGUGCGUGUGUGUUUGUGUGUGUACCUGUGAGAGAAUUGGAAAUUGAGCCGUGUAAUAAGCGUCGUGCUUUUUCCAGAUAGGACUGCUGAAACUUUAACUUCAUCUACGCUGCAGUGGCACUUAGCAACUGAUGUUAGGCAAAAUGUAGCCCCCCCUUUUAAAAGCCAGCGUGACACUUCAGAAAAACAGCACGCACUUGAAAAUUAUGGCCCUGAUAAUGGAGGUAAUGACGAAGCAGGUGGGGCAGUAGCAGUCGCAAUCCUUUUUUCUCUGAUUUAUCCUUUUUAUUUGUAACAUUUUAUAAAAGCUAUUCCAACAUCUCAAAUUAAUCUUGGCUGGGCUUCUAAGAAUUCCUAAUUUCUGGAAAAUUGUCUUGAAUUUUAUCAAGUCCCCUAUCAUACAUGGACAGUUUAAAUCCUCUUUAAUUUCACAUCCUUGACACGCUUAGUAGAAAGAUUACAGGAACGUCUGCCACAGCUCCACUCACUUUCACUAAAGCUAGAAGCAUCUGUGUUUUACCAUGUGAAUGAUUUAUAUUUUAUGUUCAUGUCUGUUUCUGUAAUGUUUGUACACACAAAUGUAAUACAUUUGCCUUUUUAAGUGAAUAAAUUCCUGUCUUUUGUUUUUAA